GCGGGAGGAGAGUCGGCGGCCGGAGCCGUCACCCCGGGCGGGGACCGAGCGCAGGCGACGACGCGCGGCGGCCCGGCCGAGGGAGGGAGCGAGCGGGCGGGCGAGCGAGAGAGAGCGUGGGGCCGGAGUAGCCGCUGGCGCCCGAGGGGCCGAGCGAGAUUGUGAACCAUGGCUGUGUGGAUACAAGCUCAGCAGCUCCAAGGAGACGCCCUUCAUCAGAUGCAAGCCUUAUAUGGCCAGCAUUUCCCCAUUGAGGUGCGGCAUUAUUUAUCCCAGUGGAUUGAAAGCCAAGCUUGGGACUCAAUAGAUCUUGAUAAUCCACAGGAGAAUAUUAAGGCCACCCAGCUCCUGGAGGGCCUGGUGCAAGAGCUGCAGAAGAAGGCGGAGCACCAGGUGGGGGAAGAUGGGUUUUUGCUGAAGAUCAAGCUGGGGCACUAUGCCACGCAGCUCCAGAACACGUAUGACCGCUGCCCCAUGGAGCUGGUCCGCUGCAUCCGGCACAUUCUGUACAACGAACAGAGGCUGGUCCGAGAAGCCAACAAUGGCAGCUCUCCAGCUGGAAGUCUUGCUGACGCCAUGUCCCAGAAGCACCUUCAGAUCAACCAGACGUUUGAGGAGCUGCGACUGGUCACACAGGACACAGAGAAUGAGCUGAAGAAGCUGCAGCAGACCCAAGAGUACUUCAUCAUCCAGUACCAAGAGAGCCUGAGGCUCCAAGCCCAGUUUGCCCAACUGGCCCAGCUGAACCCCCAGGAGCGCCUGAGCCGGGAGACGGCCCUCCAGCAGAAGCAGGUGUCCGUGGAGGCCUGGCUGCAGCGUGAGGCCCAGACUCUGCAGCAGUACCGCGUGGAGCUGGCCGAGAAGCACCAGAAGACCCUGCAGCUGUUGCGGAAGCAGCAGACCAUCAUUCUGGACGACGAGCUGAUCCAGUGGAAGCGGCGGCAGCAGCUGGCCGGGAACGGAGGGCCCCCCGAGGGCAGCCUGGACGUGCUGCAGUCCUGGUGUGAGAAGUUGGCGGAGAUCAUCUGGCAGAACCGGCAGCAGAUCCGCAGAGCCGAACACCUCUGCCAGCAGCUGCCCAUCCCCGGCCCGGUGGAAGAGAUGCUGGCCGAAGUCAAUGCCACCAUCACAGACAUCAUCUCCGCCCUGGUCACCAGCACAUUCAUCAUUGAGAAGCAGCCCCCUCAGGUCCUGAAGACCCAGACCAAGUUUGCAGCCACUGUGCGCCUGCUGGUGGGCGGGAAGCUGAAUGUGCACAUGAACCCCCCCCAGGUGAAGGCGACCAUCAUCAGCGAGCAGCAGGCCAAGUCCCUGCUCAAGAACGAGAACACCCGCAACGAUUACAGUGGCGAGAUCUUGAACAACUGCUGUGUCAUGGAGUACCACCAAGCCACUGGCACCCUCAGCGCCCACUUCAGAAACAUGUCCCUGAAACGAAUUAAGAGGUCUGACCGCCGUGGAGCGGAGUCCGUGACGGAAGAAAAAUUCACAAUCCUGUUUGAAUCACAGUUCAGUGUUGGUGGAAAUGAGCUGGUUUUUCAAGUUAAGACCCUGUCGCUCCCGGUGGUGGUGAUUGUGCACGGCAGCCAGGACAACAACGCUACAGCUACUGUCCUCUGGGACAAUGCUUUUGCAGAGCCUGGCAGGGUGCCAUUUGCUGUGCCUGACAAAGUGCUGUGGCCACAGCUGUGUGAAGCGCUCAACAUGAAAUUCAAGGCCGAAGUGCAGAGCAACCGUGGCCUGACCAAGGAGAACCUUGUGUUCCUGGCACAGAAACUGUUCAACAGCAGCAGCGCCCACCUCGAGGACUACAACAGCAUGUCCGUGUCCUGGUCCCAGUUCAACAGGGAGAAUUUGCCAGGACGGAAUUACACUUUUUGGCAGUGGUUUGAUGGUGUGAUGGAAGUGUUAAAAAAACAUCUCAAGCCUCAUUGGAAUGAUGGGGCCAUUUUGGGUUUUGUGAACAAGCAACAGGCCCAUGACCUACUCAUUAACAAGCCAGAUGGAACCUUCCUGCUGAGAUUCAGCGACUCAGAAAUUGGCGGUAUCACCAUUGCUUGGAAGUUUGAUUCUCAGGAAAGAAUGUUUUGGAAUCUGAUGCCUUUUACCACCAGAGACUUCUCCAUCCGGUCUCUGGCUGACCGUCUGGGGGACUUGAAUUACCUUAUAUACGUGUUUCCUGAUCGGCCAAAAGAUGAAGUGUACUCCAAAUAUUACACACCAGUUCCAUGCGAGCCUGCCACUGCUAAAGCAGUCGACGGAUACGUGAAGCCACAGAUCAAGCAAGUGGUCCCAGAGUUUGUGAACGCAUCUGCAGACGCCGGGGCCAGCGCCACGUACAUGGACCAGGCCCCGUCCCCGGCUGUGUGCACCCAGGCGCACUACAACAUGUACCCACAGAAUCCUGACGCCGUCCUUGACACCGAUGGGGACUUCGAUCUGGAAGACACAAUGGAUGUGGCGCGGCGCGUGGAGGAACUCCUAGGCCGGCCAAUGGACAGUCAGUGGAUCCCUCACGCACAGUCGUGACCCGACCUCGCCAACUUCAGCUUCUUCAUCCUCGCCAGAGGAUUUACUCUUGUGGAUGUUUUAAUUCCAUGAACCGCUUCUCCUUGGAUACAAUACUCAUAAUGUGAAGUGUUAAUACUAGUUGUGACUUUAGUGUUUCUGUGCAUGGUGGCACCAGUGAAGGGAGUGAGUGUGAGUGUGUGUGUGUGUGUGUGUGUGUGUGUGUGUUUGCACGUUGUGGUGUUUCUGUCCCUUGCUGUCCCGAGUCUAACUGCAGCACUGGGGCCACAAUGAGGCUGUGCUUGUUUUCACCUUGUGCAAAAAGGCAGUUAGUUCUGCAAACCCUGGAAAUCGGCCAUGUGUUUUAAGGGUGGCUGAACUUUGACAUGUUGAGGUUCAAGAAAGAGAAGGACAAAGGGAGGAAAAGGUACCUCCUCUCUAGGGAGACUUUGUCACUCUGCCAGAAUUGAUACCAUCACCAUCUCUGCUUGUAGAGAACUGCCUUUUGACAAAGGAAGCCAAUCCUCCCUCCUCCCCUCUCCCCACCUGUGUUCAUGGGUGGCGAUGGGAAAGGGUAGCGUACAAGAUGGGGCAAGGGAAGCCACAGGUUUUCUGAUGGGUGGUGGCUUUUUACACAGCACUUAACCCAUCCUAACGAUCUCUCUGUCCUUCUCUUUCCUCCCUCCCCUCUCUGUCUCUCUGUCUCUGUCUGGAAUUGCCACUCAGUUCUUAUGUGUGUACACAUGCAGACACAUUUGGCAAAAUAGAGGAAAGGAAAGAAGGUCGCAUAACUGAGCGCUUACGGGGUGAUGUCCUUUGUGUUCUGGCCAGAGCGACAUGGCAUGCCCAGCCCUGGCUCCCAGGCGCCCGGAGUGUUGCCGUGUUACCAGGGCAGCUGUCCCUCUCCGUGCUGCCUGUCCUUCCUCUGCAUAGUGGAGGCCCCAUCCCAGGCUUUCUAAGGGCUUGGUUUUGAUAAUGACCUUUUGCAAAUGUUGGAUGAUGUUUCUGUUUCCAGAUUGGGUCACCCAAUCUGUUUUCCCCUCUCCACCCUAAUUUGACAGCAAAAUUCUUUCUUCCCGCAUCAGGUACUGGGCCCCUCACAGCCAGGUCACCUCUUCCCUUCACUGUCACACACCAUGUCUUGAGGAGGAGGUGGCAGGAGCGUGGCCUGAACCCAGUGCCAGCUUGUGCAGCAGGUGGCCACUGGCUGCAGGGUGCUGGUGUCAGAGGUGGUAAUUGGGGAAAUGCAGUCAGCAGGUUUGCUGGGAAGUUUGGUAAACUGUAGAAACAAAACAAAACAAAAGCCUCAGCACUUUUCCAGUGUCCUCUGUAGCUACACCAGAAGGAGGGGCUGCGGCAGGCAGGCGGGAAGAGGGCAGAGCGUACGGGUAAGGCCUGCAGGGCCCCCUCGGCCCCCUCUCCAAAAGAAGGGCAGGACCACACCCAGGAGAGGAUGGCCCUAAAACCUUAUUUUUAUACAUGUGAGUAAAUAAACAUAUUUUUUUUACAAAAAUAACUUCUGAAUUUAUCAGUGUUUUGCUGUUAAAGGAAAAUACUCCUCUGUAGUAAAUUAUUUAUUGGAAGAUGACUUUUUAAAAGCUGCUGUUUGCCUUGGCUUGGUUUCAUACACUGAUUUAUUUUUCUAUGCCAGGCAGUAGACUCUGCCUCUGGAGCAGGCUGACCCUCCGUGGAGACGGCUGAUGGAGGAGUCCUGAAGCCCUCCUUCCCCCUCCCAGGGGGCACGUGGGGGAGAGGGGAAAACCAAAGCCCGAGGGCUCCAGGAGCCCUUCCCUGCCAUCGCUCCGGUGCUUCAGCAGCACCUGCUUCUGAGUGGUGAUCUCGGUCCCAGCAGUCCGGGCAGGGACAGGGACGUGGGGCUUAACACACUUUCAGAUUGGUGGCGGACACAGCCCCCAGGGCCCACGGAGGGCAGGGCAGCCUGGCGAUCCCAGGCAGCUCCAAACUCACUCUGUAGCAGGCAUUGGGGUUGGGUGGAGGGGUGCUGAAGGGUGGCUUCCAUGCAGUUGCUGAACUGUCCUCAAUUUUACUGAGGCUGUGCCUGGAGAUGCGAGAGGCUCUUCACUGAAAGGUGUGCUCACUAUCUGCAUUCUGUUCUCUCUCUUUGCCCUGUUCCUGCAGCCACAAGAGGCGAUGGCAAGUCUUGACGCCCCCACCUCUCUCCCACUCCCAGCACACACCCCCAGCCUUCAGACAUCUCAGCGCACGCGCAGGGUUUUGUAGGGGGUGGAGGGAAACUCAAAGCGGAUAUCACUUAAAAUGAAAGUAUACUUUUUAUAAUUUUUUUCUUUUUCAAACUUUGUGAAAUUAUUUCAGAUACAUAUUUUAGUGUCAAGGCAGAUUAGAUAUAUAGCCACCAAAAAAAGUAUUGUGUACAAUUUGGGGCAGUCACAAAAUUGUGUAUUUUAUGUCACAAUAAAGGCUUCCUCUAAAAGGACAA